AUCAAUAUCAUCACUUUUUUUUUCUUAAUUCCCAGCCAAACCCUACAUAUGUUAAUAGGAUUGCUAUUUUUGGUAAAAUAAAAAAAAUAAUAAAAAAAGAAAAAAGAAAACUACUACCAAUAUAAAUAAUCCAUGAUUGUGGGAUAUACAUUCUAAAGCAAAAACAUUCAAAAGGAGGAAAAAAGAAUGGCCAACGAGAAAACAAACAUGGCAAUCCAUGAAGGUCAAAUCUGCUUCUCACUCAUGGAGUUUCCAACUAUGGCAUCCGUGCUAAUGGUUGUUCGAACUGCCAUUGAGCUCAGAGUAUUCGAUAUAAUUGCAGAUGCAGGGCCUGAAGCUCAACUCUCUGCAACCGAAAUCGUUUCAUACAUUCCCACAUGUAAUCCCAAAGCUGCAGAGAGAUUGGAUCGAAUGCUGGGAUUGCUUAGUGCUAGUGGUUUCUUGAUCAAUACUUCUCCAAGACAAUCCCACGACGGGACCAGAAGUGAAAGGACUUACAGCCUCUCCAAGAUGUCUCACUAUCUGUUAAGAAACUCAGAGGGAUUUUCCAUAGCUGCCGCUAUGCUUUUUGUCACCAGUAGGGAGAUAUUUGAAAGCUUUUAUGUGCUUAAGGAUGCUGUUCUUGAAGAGGGUUUCCAAGACUACUUUACUAAGGCUCAUGCAAUGACUCUUUAUGAGUAUACCGCAAGGUACCCCAAUUUUGCCCAAAUAUUUGAUGAGGCCAUGGCAAGUUUCAGCAAAUCAUCGUUAUUAGAUGGAUUGUUCAAUGUGUACGAAGGUCUUAAAGAUGUAACGGAAUUGAUGGAUGUUGGUGGUGGCUAUGGAACCACCCUUCAACAAAUACUCACUCUCAACCCAAAUAUUCGUGGAAUUAAUUUUGAUCUCCCCCAAGUAAUUGAUUCUGCUCCAAAAAUUCCAGGAGUUGAACAUGUUGCUGGGGAUAUGUUUCGAUCAUUACCGAAGGCUGAAUCAAUCGUGAUGAAGACGAUCCUCCACAACUGGGAUGAUGACAAAUGCAAGAUGUUGUUGAAGAACUGCUGGGAUGCAUUGCCUAACAAUGGGAAGCUGACAAUUCUGGAAUUUAUCGUUCCUGAAAUGAUUGAAAACACCCCAGAGUCACAACUUACAAUGUCGGUUGACAUCCAAAUGCUAACUCUUUUUGGUACUAAGGAAAGAACAUUACUUGAAUACGAAGGAUUGGCAAAGUCUGCAGGAUUUUUGGGGCCAAAUGACUUCCCUACCAUGCAUGGGUAUCAUAUCUUGGAAUUUUUCAAGACGGUAGUGGAAAGAGCAUGAGCACUCGAACACUUUGUUACAAUCAAGAAGAAAAAUAAAGGAAAACUCUCUUCCACUCUAGUUAUUUUCCCUUUUAUAAUAAUUUACGUAUUGACGGGGAGUUCACGUACGUUCUACCGUUGAAGCUUAUAUAAUAUAAUAAAGAUGUAAUACCUUU